UCCCACCACUCCCGGCGGUGCCGGAGUCGGGUGGGUCGGUGGCUUAUAAAGCUGGUGGCGUAGGGAAGGCUUAGCUACUGUAUCUUCCUUCGUGACUGCUCCUUCUCCUCGGCCAUCGCCCGGUCCCAUUUGGUGCCUGGAGGACGAAACAGAGUGACAGACCUGGAGACUACAGUUCUCUAUCCCUCACACAGAGCAUUUAAGCUCUUGGAUCAGGCAAGGAAAAUGUCAGUGUCCUGAGCAUGUUCAGAGCAGUUGGAAGAGCUGAGAAGAAUGUUCAGCUCUUUCACCAUGCCUGGGUCACUUCCUUUGAACGCAGAAGCCUGCUGGCCAAAAGAUGUGGGAAUUGUUGCCCUUGAGAUCUAUUUUCCUUCUCAAUAUGUUGACCAAACAGAGUUGGAAAAAUACGAUGGUGUAGAUGCUGGAAAGUAUACUAUUGGCUUGGGGCAGGCCAAGAUGGGCUUCUGCACAGACAGAGAAGAUAUCAACUCUCUUUGCAUGACUGUGGUCCAGAAUCUCAUGGAGAGACAUGGCCUUUCCUAUGACUGCAUUGGGCGGCUCGAGGUUGGCACAGAGACCAUCAUCGACAAAUCAAAGUCAGUGAAGUCUAACUUGAUGCAGCUCUUUGAGGAGUCUGGAAACACAGAUGUAGAAGGACUCGAUACAACUAACGCGUGCUACGGAGGCACGGGUGCUGUCUUUAAUGCUGUGAACUGGAUUGAGUCCAGCUCUUGGGAUGGACGGUACGCACUGGUGGUUGCAGGGGAUAUUGCAGUGUAUGCUACAGGAAAUGCUCGACCAACGGGCGGAGCCGGAGCUGUGGCUAUGCUGAUUGGGCCAAAUGCACCUUUAAUUUUUGAGCGAGGACUUCGAGGGACACACAUGCAACAUGCAUAUGACUUUUACAAGCCUGAUCUGCUUUCUGAAUACCCUGUCGUAGAUGGAAAACUUUCCAUCCAGUGCUACCUCAGUGCCUUAGACCGCUGCUAUUAUGUCUACCGCAAAAAGAUCCGCGCCCAGUGGCAAAAAGAGGGAAAUGAUAAGGAUUUUACCUUGAAUGAUUUUGACUACAUGAUCUUCCACUCACCCUAUUGUAAAUUGGUUCAGAAAUCUCUUGCUCGGAUGGUGCUGAAUGAUUUUCUUAAUGAUCAGAACAGAGAUAAAAAUAGUAUCUAUAGUGGCCUGGAAGCAUUUGGGGAUGUUAAGUUAGAAGAUACUUAUUUUGAUCGAGAUGUGGAAAAGGCAUUUAUGAAGGCUAGUUCUGAAAUCUUCAAUCAGAAAACAAAGACAUCUUUGCUUGUAUCGAAUCAAAAUGGGAAUAUGUACACAUCUUCAGUGUAUGGUUCCCUUGCUUCUCUUCUGGGACAGUACUCCCCGCAGCAGCUGGCAGGAAAGAGAAUUGGAGUAUUCUCUUAUGGCUCUGGUUUGGCAGCCACCCUUUACUCCAUUAAAGUCACACAAGACGCCACCCCAGGGUCUGCUCUUGAUAAAAUAACAGCAACACUAUGUGACCUGAAAUCAAGACUUGACUCAAGAACUUGUACGGCACCAGAUGUCUUUGCUGGACACAUGAAGCUCAGAGAGGACACUCACCACCUGGUCAACUAUAUUCCCCAGAGUUCAAUCGAUUCACUCUUUGAAGGAACAUGGUACCUCGUUCGAGUAGAUGAGAAGCACAGAAGAACUUAUGCUCGGCGCCCCUCCCCCAAUGAAACUCUGGGUGAAGGAGUAGGACUGGUGCAUUCGAGCACAGCAAACGAGGUAAGCAGAGCAUAUUCCAAGUCCUGCUAAGAAAAUGCCAAGACUCCCUGCAACAGCAGCAGACCCAGAAGCAGCUGUCAUAAGUAAUGGGGAGCAUUAAGAUCCUUCUGUGACGUGCAAGACUCUUGUGUGGGUUGGGGUGGGUGGGGUGUGGAUGGGAAUAAUUGGGGGACUAGGAUGCCCGGGGCCAAUUUUAAAGGAGUACAUGUUAAAUUUUUACGUGACUGAUGUGGAGCCUGGAAAACUAUUGUGUUCUUGGGAAAGUCUCUGCUCGGUUUGCUAACAUGCUUCCUUUUGUGGUCUAGCCAGCGCUUAAUGUACUAGAAUGAUGGUAAGGGCUCUGUAAGACUUCAUCCAUCUCUCGCGCCAUUUGUAUGCAUGAAGUUUCAUUUCUGUUGUGGUAUGAUGAACCAUAUGCUUCUGGCAGAAGAAAGCAAAUGUGCUAGUCUCCAAUUUUAAUUUUUUUUUUUUAGAAAACGUAAGAAUUUUAUACUUUGAGCAAGCAAGAUUAUUGAAAGUACCUGCGGUUUUUUUGAAAAAAGAAUUUCUGGUUUUGAGAAUAUAUAUGGUCUUCAAAUGUGAUAUGCACAGACCGCAUCUGAAAAUAGCAAGACAAACAAGCUCUUUUUCUUGAAGGUAUAAAUCCCAAAGAUGAAGAGGAUCUGGGGCAGUAAUGGUGGUUCUGGAAUCUGGGGUGUUGCUUUAAAUCCAGACCAACAGUGAUGCCAAGUCAUUGUAAUGACAUUGGUGAAGACAGCUGCUCAUACCGAGCAGACAUUGGGUUGAAAAUUUGGUCCAGUCAGGAGCCAGGGCUGUAGCCCUCAAUGUGCUCCUGGAUGAAUUGAUGGUAGAUGUGUCGAACAACAUUGGGACGUAACUAGACCUAUGUAUGAGCAAGUUUGUUGUUGCACCUUAUUCUGAAGAAUAAAUAAAAACAGUUUUUUUCUGACUGCCUUUUCAAUAUUUAAAACACAGUAAAGAUAUGGGGAGGGCAUUACAAGGUUAAUUCUGGUAUUUCAGUGUUAACAGUUUAACUGAAAGACAACAGCCUAAGUUUUACGUAUUCUCUUCCUGGUUGGUUUGUUAUUAUUUUUUCCCCUUUUUUCCCCCCUUUUGUAUCUAUUCAACAAGAAUGAAAAGGUACAAUUCUAGUUUAUGAUCAUCCCCCAAAAGUCUUCCACUUCAAAGUCUGGAAGUAGAAUUUGUAAGCAUUUUCUAAGACUUUCACGUUUUAAAAUAACAAAAACUAUCACAUGGACGAGGAAGAAGACAGUUAGUUUUGUAGAUCCUUUUUGGUGCUGAACUAUAUGACACGAGCCUUAUAGAUUGUAAAAUAGAGAUAGUUGGAACUAAUGUACAGAACUAAAUUUUUUAAAACUUUAUUUGCUGUUCAAUUCUGUGAAGUUUCAGUUAUCUAAACUUACACAAAUAUGAAAUGUAAUGUUUCAAAUUGCAAGAAAAUAUGUAAUGUAGUGUUUGUAAAAUAUUCUUGUCUAAUAUUAACUAGUAGGAUUUUGAUUUGUACAGUCAUACUUUGUUUAAAAUGACUUCAUUUUAAUAUCACCUGAUAUAGAUUAAUAAUGUAACUUCAGAUUUAAAAAUUGAUGGGAAAAUUGUGCAUGUGAAACUUGCAGGUAUUGGGAGUUAGGUGUGUUUGGAAAAGAAUUAUUUAACUUUGAGGUAUCACAAAAUGAGUUUUCCCGAAGUCCAUUGCCGGCAAUGGGCAGAUCCAAUAACAUUGGCACAGCGCAUUAACCAUAUACCUUAUUAACAGUGAGGUGAAUAACUUUGAAUAAAGUUUUAGAGAUAUUUCAAA